AUGAUCAACAUUUAUCUAUUUGUGAUAUUUUAUUACUUAAACUCGGUCUUCGUUAGCGGUGUCGAGGAGUCCGCGAAUCGCCAAGAAGCUGACUCAAAAUUCGCGGAAAUGAAAAAGAAGAAUCCAAACUUGGAGAAGUUAAGUUUCAAACCUCCCAAUUUGACGGAUGAAGAUCACCAUAGUCAACACAUGCCAUUUGCUCUCAAGUGUGAUGGUUGCAUGGCCAUAGCUUACGAGAUGGUUAAAGUAUUCGAAGAAUUCAACAAUAAACACCCUAGCAUGAAGAAGAAUCUACCGACAUCAGACAUAAUAAUAUUGGUCGAAAAAGUUUGCAACUACGAAUAUGAGGAGUAUGGUGUUAAGGAGGUCGAUGGUGUCAAGCGUUUAUCAGGUCCGGCAAUCCCGAGUACCUCAAAAACAGCUGGUAUGAUCCAAGGCGGGGGAAAAUGGCCACCGAGAAUUCAACAAAUGUGCAAGAUUCUAAUGGGCGAAUUAGGGGAAGAAGAAAUUUACGAGAUUUAUAAAAACGGAGAUGAUCUUUCGAAUUGGCUAUGCAAAGGUAAGGAUAUCAGAAACGCGUGCCUUUACGACAACGACAAGUUAGAGAAGGCGAAAAAGAAAGCCGCCAAAAGUAAGAAAAAGGUGAAAGGACAUUCCAAGAAAACCGGAGAAAAAGUUGAACGCAUAAAAUGGGAAAGAAAUGAUGAACUGUAG